AUGCGGACGCCGGCGGCGAUGACGCUGGGCAUGGUGCUGGCGCCCUGCGGGCUGCUGCUGACCCUCACCAGCACGCUGGCCCCCGGCUGGCGCCUGGUGAAGGGCUUCCAGGACCAGCCGAGGGACGUGGUGCUGUACCAGGGCCUGUGGGACAUGUGCCGCGAGCAGAGCAGCCGCGAGCGCGAGUGCGGCCAGCAGGACACGCUGGGCUACUUCCAGGCCGAGCCGGUGCUGGUGGCCCGCGCGCUCAUGGUCACGUCGCUGGCCGUCACGGGCCUGGGGCUGCUGCUGGCGUCGCUCGGGGUGCGCUGCUGGGAGGACGAGCCCCACUUCGCGCUGGCGGGCGCCUCGGGCGUGGCGCUCUUCGCCGCCGGCCUCCUCAGCCUCAUCCCCGUGUCCUGGUACAACCACUUCCUGCAGGACCGCGCCGUGCUGCCCGCGCCCGCCAGCCCGGUCACGGUGGAGGUCAGCUACAGCCUGGUGCUGGGCUACCUGGGCAGCUGCCUGCUGCUGCUGGGCGGCCUGGCGCUGGCGCUCAGCUUCGCGCCCUGGUGCGAGGAGUGUCGCCGCCGCCGCCGCAAGGCGGGGCCCCGCGCCGCCGGCCCGCGCCGCCCCAGCAUCAGCACCGUGACCAUCGACUGGCCCCAGCCCGCGCUCCCGCCCGCCAUCAAGUACUACAGCGACGGCCAGCACCGGCCGCGGCCCGCCGACGCCGGCCCCGCCGCCCCCGCCAAGCCCAAGGUGGGCUUCCCCAUGCCGCGGCCGCCGCCCAGGACCUACACCAACCCCCUGGACGUGCUGGACGGGGAGACUGAGGUCAACUCCCAGGGCGCGUCCUCGCGCAGCACCCGGCCCUGCCAGAGCUCCCUGCCCUGCGACUCCGACCUGUAG